CACCAUGCCCAAGUCCAAAAAGCAACAAAAGGUCCACCACAAGCUGAAGAGAGCGUUGGCCAGAGACGAGGAGGAAGAGGUUCUCAAAAAGUUGGAGCGCAGAAUCGACGAAUACGACCCAGCUAAAGAUGAAGACUCCAUGACCCAAUUCGAAGAGCUUCCCAUCACAGAACAGACGCUCAAGGGCCUCAAAGAGGCCAGUUUCGUCAAGAUGACCGAGAUCCAGAAGAAGACCAUCCCUAUCGCCUUGAAGGGUGAGGACUUGAUGAGCACGGCCAAGACAGGCUCCGGGAAGACGCUUGCAUUCUUGGUGCCCACCAUCGAAUUGUUGAUCAGAAACAAGACCUCAGAGUACGACGGGUUGACGGCACUCAUUGUGCUGCCCACGCGUGAGUUGUCGGUUCAGAUCUUUGAGGUAUUGACCAAGAUCGGAAAGUACAACAACUUCUCGGCUGGUCUCGUGAUUGGAGGCAAGGACUUCAAGUUCGAAAAAGACAGAAUAUCCAAGAUGAACAUCUUGAUCGGAACGCCAGGCCGUAUUUCGCAGCAUUUGAACGAGUCGGUGGGGUUGGAAGUGUCCAACUUCCAAGUGCUCGUGUUGGACGAAGCCGACAGAUGUUUGGACAUGGGUUUCAAGAAGCAAAUCGACAACAUUAUUGGCCACUUGCCAGCAUCCAGACAGACCAUGCUCUUCAGUGCCACCCAGACAGACAACAUCAAGGACUUGGCACGGUUGUCGUUGACCAACCCUAGAAGAAUCGGCGGAAACACCCUCGGAGUGGACGGCUCAGACUCGCAGGAAGUUUCCCUGAGCUCGAUCCCUGAAACCCUUAGCCAGUUCUACAUCCGCAUCCCGUUGGACGAGAAGUUGGACGUGUUGUGGUCAUUCAUCAAGUCGCAUCUCAAGAGCAAGAUCUUGGUGUUCUUUUCGUCAUCGAAACAAGUGCAAUAUACCUACGAGACCUUCAGACAAUUGCAGCCGGGAAUAUCGUUGUUGAAGUUGUACGGACGGAACAAGCAGACCACCCGUUUGGAGACCAUCACCAAGUUCGCCAGAUCCCAGCACUCGUGCUUGUUUGCCACAGAUAUUGUUGCCAGAGGUUUGGACUUUCCCACCAUCGACUGGGUCAUCCAGGUCGACUGUCCCGAGGACGCUGCAACCUAUGUGCAUAGAGUAGGCAGAUGUGCCAGAUUCGGAAGAAAAGGAAACUCAUUGGCCAUGUUGUUGCCGUCAGAAGAGGAGGGCAUGUUGGCCAGAUUGAAGGCCAACAAAAUCGAACCCAAAUUCAUGAACAUCAAAUCCAAGAACAAGAAGUCCAUCAGGCCCCAGUUGCAGUCGUUGUGCUUCAAGGACCCCAUCUUGAAGAACCUUGGACAGAGAGCAUUUAUCUCGUACUACCGUUCCAUCUUCGUCCAGAAAGAUAAGGAUAUCUUCAAAAUCGAUGCAUUGCCUACUGAGAAGUUUGCUGCUUCGUUGGGACUUCCAGGAGCUCCCAAGAUCAAGAUAAAGGGUGGCCAAGGAGCCAAGGAGAAGAAGAACAUGUCUAGAAAAUUGGUGGCCUUGGAACAAACCAACGACGAUGGUGAAGAGGCCAACGACAAGGGCGAUAAGGUCAGAACCAAGUACGACAGAAUGUUUGAGAGAAAGAACCAGACAGUCUUGUCUGACCAUUACUUGAACCUCGCAGGCACCAAGAAGGCACAAACACAAGCAGAAGACGAGGAAGACGACUCUGACGACGACUUCAUGAAGGUCAAGAGAAAGGACCACGACCUCAACCUCGACGAGUUACCUGACUUGAACAAGCCUGUCUCUAAGAGAGCUGAGAAAAAGGCACUCUCCAAGAAAAUGUCCCUGACAGGUAAUGCCACGAAAUUGAAGUUCGACGACGAUGGUGUCGCCCAUCCAUUGUACGAAUUGGAAGACGAAGACGACUUUAAGGCCAAGGGAAGUGCCAAAGACCAGAAGGAGUCGUUCGUCAGCAAGGAGACCGUGGCGAUGAACGAGGCAGAUAUCGAAGACAUGUUGACUGUCAAGGAAAAGAAGAAGGAGAAGAAGAGAAGAAGAAAGGAGAUGGAGAGAAGAAUGAAUGAGAGCAGUGACGACGAAGAUGCCAACAUCGAGCAGGAUAUGGAGUACUCCAGUGGUGAGGAACCAGAUUCGAAGAAGCCUAAGUGGUUCCAGAACGAUAAGCAUGUCAAGAAGAAUGACGACGUUCUUGAAAUUGACGAGCCAGAGACCUUGGAAGACUUGGAAUCGUUGACCCAAAGAUUGUUGCAGGAAUAAGGCCGAUAGUCUUGAGAAAUGGCUGUAUUGACACAAUACUCAAGCACCAAAUAUUCCAUCGUCGAAGGCUACUGGGUUCAUCCCAAGGGCGCUGUAAUAGAGAUGUAAUACUAGAGCAUAAUAAAUAUCAUCAGAAAG